AUGGGAAAGGCCAAGAAGACCAGAAAGUUUGCCCUUGUGAAGAGAACCAUCAACACAAAGAAGGACCAGCGACUGCAAGCGAACAAGGAAAAGAUAGUACAGAAAGAUGACCCCGAGCUGACGAGAAGUGUUCCUCAGGUCUCCAGUGCUUUGUUCUUUCAGUACAACGAAGCUAUCAAACCCCCAUAUCAAGUUUUGAUCGAUACCAACUUUAUAAAUUUCUCCAUCCAGAAGAAGGUCGACAUAGUGAAAGGUAUGAUGGAUUGUUUGCUGGCCAAAUGCAAUCCCUUGAUUACCGAUUGUGUGAUGGCAGAGCUGGAGAAACUGGGUCCAAAAUUCCGAAUUGCUCUGAGACUGGCCAGGGAUCCGAGAAUCAAGAGACUCAGUUGCUCGCAUAAGGGAACAUACGCGGACGACUGCCUGGUGAAUAGAGUGCUUCAACACAAGUGCUACAUCGUGGCGACCAACGAUGCGGGAUUGAAGCAACGUGUGAGGAAGAUCCCGGGUAUCCCGCUGAUGAGCGUAGGCGGGCAUGGCUACGUCAUCGAGAAGCUUCCCGACGCCUUUUGA